AUGUCAGAUAACGAAGAUAAUGCUUUUAAUGAGGUAGCAGAGAAUUACGAAGAUUUUGGAGAAGCAGACUACUUCUCAGAAGACGACUACGAAGAACCAAAUAACAAUGGCGAAGAUGCACAAAUGAAAACUGAAGAUGGUAGACAGAUAAUAAACGGUGGUUUUGGUCCAGAAAGUGCUGCAGCUGCCUCUGCCGCCGCACAACAGCAACAACAGAGUCAACGUAAGAAAACAGUGAGGGAACUUGCUAUUCCAAAAGAAAAGAGAACUACAACUCCUUACAUGACCAAAUACGAGCGAGCUAGAAUCUUGGGAACAAGAGCGUUACAGAUUUCGCUAAAUGCACCUGUAUUGGUGGACAUUGAGGGUGAAACAGAUCCUUUGCAAAUCGCAAUGAAAGAGUUGGCACAGAGAAAGAUUCCUUUGGUGAUCAGAAGAUACCUUCCAGAUGGUUCGUAUGAAGACUGGGGGUGUGAUGAACUAAUUGUUGAUCACUAA